UAAUCUUAAGGGAGGGGGGUUCGUCUCUUCGAGUUCAUCAAAAACACAACUCGAGCAUCUUCUAGCGAUCUCUUUCGAUUUUCUUUCUGUUCAUCUCAUGAGCCCUGGUUUCACGUUUGUCUCGCCGUGAAAUUCCCCAGUGUGUUUUUUUUUUGUGAUUGUGGGUGAGAAAAUUAGAAUCGAUUUCCGAAUUGGGGUUUAGGGUAAUUGAUCAUCAUAGUCGAUGGCGACGAACAAGCCUCAGAGAUCACCGGAGGAAAUCGAGGAUAUAAUCCUCCGGAAGAUUUUUCUCGUUACCCUAAUCGAUUCCACAGAUGCGGAUUCUCGAGUAGUUUACUUGGAGAUGACGGCGGCGGAGAUUCUCAGCGAGGGCAAGGAGCUGAGGCUCUCUCGGGAUUUGAUGGAGAGGGUGCUCAUCGAUCGGCUCUCCGGCAACUUUCCCGCCGCUGAACCACCGUUUCCCUACCUUGUCGGGUGCUUCCGCCGAGCCGACGACGAAUCGAAGAAAAUCCAGUCGAUGAAGGACAAGAAUCUAAGAUCGGACAUGGAAACAGUGACCAGGCAGGCGAAGAAACUUGCUGUUUCUUAUUGCCGGAUCCACUUGGCGAAUCCGGACCUGUUUGGAAACUCGGAUAAGGCUAGCGUUGGUCCGGAUAAGAGGCCGAAGAAGAGCCUCUCGCCGCUGCUUCCGUUGAUCUUCGCCGAUGUUAGUUCGGGAUCAUUGGACAUGUUCGGCGGCAGUAGCAGCAGUGUUCGUUGUCCUCCUGGGUUCCUGGACGAGUUCUUCAAGGACUCCGAUUUCGACAGCUUGGACCCGAUUCUGAAGGAACUGUACGAGGACUUGAGGUCUAACGUGAUCGAUACAUCAGUGCUCGGAGAUUUCCAGCCGCCAUUGAGGGCUCUCAAGUAUUUGGUAAGCUUGCCAGUAGGAGCUAAAUCUUUGGUCAGUCAUGAAUGGUGGAUUCCAAGAGGAGCUUAUAUGAACGGCCGAGCCAUGGAAUUGACAAGCAUUCUUGGCCCUUUCUUCCAUAUUAGUGCAUUGCCAGAUAAUUCCCUCUUCAAGAAUCAACCAGAUGUGGGGCAGCAAUGUUUCUCUGAAGCAUCAAGUCGCCGACCUGCUGAUUUAUUAUCCUCAUUCACCACGAUAAAGAAUUUUAUGAAUAUUUUAUAUAGUGGGCUUCAUGAUGUACUCCUUGUUCUGCUUAAAAGCACCGAUACCCGUGAGAGUGUUUUACAGUUUCUUGCAGAGGUGAUCAAUGCAAAUGCUGCAAGAGCUCAUAUUCAGGUUGAUCCGAUUUAUUGUGCGAGCUCAGGCAUGUUUGUUAACCUCAGUGCUGUCAUGCUCCGGCUGUGUGAGCCCUUCUUAGACCCACAUUUAACAAAAAGGGAUAAGAUUGACCCGAAAUUUGUAUUCUACGGGAAUCGUUUAAAAUUAAGUGAGUUGACUGCUCUGCAUGCAUCAUCCGAAGAAGUUUCUGAGUGGAUUAACAAGGAUAAUCCAGAAAAAGUCAAUGGUUCAGGACAAGAAAGCGAGGGUGAAAGUCGCUUGUUACAAUCCCAGGAAGCCACAAGUUCCAGAAGCAAUGCUUCUGGGCAUCUGCAAAAUGCAAAGUCAACUGGCAAAUACACUUUCAUUUGUGAAUGCUUCUUUAUGACUGCAAGGGUCCUUAACUUGGGUCUCUUAAAAGCAUUAUCUGACUUCAAACAUCUUGUUCAGGACAUCUCGAGAUGCGAGGACACCCUCGCAACACUAAAAGGCAUGGAAGUUCAAGCACCUUCUCCACAAUUAAAGCUCGAUAUAGCUCGAUUAGAAAAAGAAAUAGAGUUGUAUUUGCAGGAAAAGCUUUGCUAUGAGGCCCAAAUCUUAAGGGAUGGAGAUUUUAUUCAGCGUGCAUUGUCAUUCUACCGGUUAGUGGUGGUUUGGUUAGUUGGACUAGUUGGUGGGUUCAAGAUGCCUUUGCCAUCAACUUGCCCCAUGGAAUUUGCCUGUAUGCCUGAGCAUUUUGUUGAAGAUGCAAUGGAGUUAUUGAUAUUUGCCUCAAGGAUCCCCAAAGCUUUGGAUGGGGUGAUACUGGACGACUUCAUGAACUUCAUUAUCAUGUUCAUGGCUAGUCCAGAAUAUAUCAGAAAUCCUUAUCUUAGAGCGAAGAUGGUCGAAGUGCUGAACUGCUGGAUGCCCCGAACAAGUGGUUCAACUGCUACAUCUACUCUGUUCGAGGGCCAUCAGUUAUCGCUUGAGUAUCUUGUCAGGAACUUGUUGAAACUAUAUGUUGACAUUGAGUUCACUGGUUCUCACACUCAGUUCUAUGACAAGUUCAAUAUUCGCCACAAUAUUGCCGAGCUGCUGGAAUAUCUGUGGCAAGUGCCUAGCCACCGUAAUGCUUGGAGACAGAUUGCAAAAGAGGAGGAAAAGGGCGUGUACUUGAACUUCUUAAACUUCUUGAUCAACGACAGCAUCUACCUUCUAGAUGAAAGUCUUAACAAAAUUCUCGAGCUUAAACAACUCGAGGCUGAGAUGGCAAAUACUGCAGAGUGGGAGCAGAGACCCGCUCAAGAGAGACAGGAGAGAACAAGACUCUUCCAUUCUCAGGAGAAUAUUAUCAGAAUUGAUAUGAAGUUAGCGAAUGAAGAUGUGAGUAUACUCGCGUUUACGUCUGAGCAGAUCACGGCCCCUUUUCUGCUUCCUGAGAUGGUUGAAAGGGUUGCUAACAUGCUUAACUACUUCUUGCUACAACUCGUGGGUCCGCAACGUAAAUCUUUGACCUUGAAGGAUCCUGAGAAGUAUGAAUUCCGUCCAAAGCAAUUGCUUAAGCAGAUCGUUCGUAUAUAUGUUCAUCUUGCAAGAGGAGACUCAGAAAACAUAUUCCCAACUGCCAUCUCCAGUGAUGGCCGAUCAUAUAAUGAAAAGUUGUUUAGUGCAGCAGCAGAUGUACUUAGGAAAAUUGGUGAGGAUGGGAAAAUCAUACAAGAGUUCAUAGAACUGGGUGCAAAAGCCAAGGCUGCUGCUUCCGAGGCCAUGGACGCUGAAGCUGCGCUUGGAGAGAUACCAGACGAAUUCCUCGAUCCAAUUCAGUACACGUUGAUGAGAGAUCCGGUGAUACUUCCGAGUUCAAGAAUCACAGUGGACAGACCUGUCAUCCAGAGGCAUCUUCUUAGCGACAACCACGAUCCGUUCAACCGGGCACACCUGACGGCGGACAUGCUGAUACCCAACACCGAGCUGAAGGCAAAGAUCAUGGCGUUCGUCAAGUCCCAUGAAUCUCAGAGACGCAGAGGAGGAGAAGAAGAGAGCAAGGAGGAGAGAAUACUUACCACAAGCAGCGACAUGUUGAUCGAUUGAUCUUUAGAAUAAGUUAUGUUGUUAGGCGUUCAUUUCAGACAACAACUGAUUGUCUUCUGUAUUAACAUCGAACUACUCUGUCCUUUUCUUCUCCUAUGAAUUUCAUCUUUGAAAGACACUAUUAUUUAAGAAUUUCAUAAUACAA